AAUUUGCUAAAAGUCUCACCCUCUUUAACCUCUAGAGGCAAAAUUUCUCUUGGUCAUUCUUGUUUAGAAUCAUUUAGAAAUGAUCACAGGACAAUCCCAUCAUGAUAUUAAGAAAAUAAAAAUGAAAUUUGAACUUAAGGGAUUUUAUCACAAUCAUAUAUAAUGCCGCAUUGAUAUCAUUCUUGGAAAAAAAAGAUUCUAAAACAAAUAUUGAAAAAAAAUUCAAAAUAAAUACACUGUGAGCUAAAGUUGUUGCUGGGAGAAUUGUGUAUGAAAGAGAGGAAUUCAGGAUUCAUUUGAAGUAACUGAAACAAUGCAGCUUCUUUACGAAAAACUUGGUGGGCGGAGAGUUGGAGCUGACGGAGACAUGGGAGUGGAUGAUAAAUCGAUUGCCCUUGAUGCCGUCAACAAGGAAGCUGUUGAUCUGGAGAACAUGCCCCUCAAAGAAGUAUUUGAACAUCUCAAAUGUACAAAAGAGGGUCUGAGUACCGAUGCAGUUCAAGAACGGUUGAAACUGUUUGGAUACAACAAACUUGAAGAGAAAAAGGAAAGUAAAAUAUUGAAGUUUUUGGGCUUUAUGUGGAAUCCUUUGUCAUGGGUCAUGGAAGCAGCAGCUUUAAUGGCCAUUGCUCUUGCACAUGGAGGGCAUAAGGGCACAGAUUAUCAUGACUUCUUUGGCAUCUUGAUCUUGCUCAUUAUCAACUCUACCAUCAGUUUUAUUGAGGAAAAUAAUGCUGGCAAUGCGGCUAUUGCUCUUAUGGCUCGAUUAGCUCCAAAAGCCAAGGUCCUGCGUGACGAGAAGUGGAGUGAGGAAGAUGCUUCAGUGUUAGUUCCUGGUGACAUAGUAAGCAUCAAACUUGGGGACAUUGUACCUGCUGAUGCACACCUUCUUGAAGGAGAUCCUCUAAAAUUGAUCAGGCAUGUGAUUCACUCCGAAAUAUGA